AUCUGAUUAAAUCGUCAUCUGUGUGUUUCAACAGUGAAAUGGCAGCAGCGGGUGUCUCCUGGGCCGAGGACCAGUUCAUGUGUCCAGUGUGUCUGGAUCUCCUGAAGAGUCCAGUAACGAUUCCCUGUGGACACAGUUACUGCAUGAGCUGCAUCACAGACUGCUGGAAUCAGGAGGAGCAGAAGCGAAUCUACAGCUGUCCUUUAUGCAAACAGAGCUUCACUCCGAGACCUGCUUUAGCUAAGAAUGUGGUGUUUGCUGAAAUGGUGGAGAAACUGCAGAAGAGCAGACUCCAGACGGCUGCUCCUGCUUCUGUUCACACUGGAUCUGGAGAUGUGGAGUGCGACGCCUGCACUGGAAAUAAGCAGAAAGCUGUGAAGUCCUGUCAGGAGUGUAGAAACUCUUAUUGUCCAGAUCACCUCCAACAUCACGAGAGUCUCUUCAGAGGUCGAGGACACAAUCUGAUGGAGGCCACUGGACGACUGCAGGAGAUGAUCUGCCCUCAGCAUAAUAAAGUGAUGGAGAUUUACUGCCGCACCGACCAGCGCUGCAUCUGUAUGCUGUGUUUGGUGGAUGGACACAAACAUCACGACACUGUGACAAUCGCAGUUGCAAGAACAGAGAAACAGAGACAAUUUGAGGAAGCGCAGAGAAACAUCCAGAAACAAAUCUUGGAGAAAAAGAAAGAUCUAAAGCAGAUGAGAGACGCCAUGGAGUCUCAUAAGCACUCUGCGCAGAUGACAGUGGAGGACAGCGAGAGGGUCUUCGCCGAACUCAUUCGUGAUAUUGAGAAACGUCGCUCUGAGGUGACGAAGAUGAUCAGAGAACAGGUUAAAGCCGCGAGGAGUCGAGCUGAAGAGCACGUGGCGCGACUGGAGCUGGAGCUCGAUAAUCUGAGGUUCAAGGAUUCAGAGCUGAAGAAGAUUGUGGAGACAAAAGAUCAUAUUAACUUCCUCAAGAGUUGUCCGUCUGUGUCUGUCUCUGGAUCUUCAGACAACGUCACUGUCAGUUCUUGUCCCUCUUUUAAUGAAGUGAUGAAAUCCAUCUCUCAACUUAGAAACAAGCUGCAGCAGUUCUUCAAUGAGGAGAUGGACAAUAUAUCUAAGAAAGUGAAAACCGUGCAGGUCGUCGUCUCUCGUGAACAUGCCACCAGGAAAGAGUUUCUACAAUAUUCUCAUCCGCUGACUCUGGAUCUGAACACUGUGAAUUAUUGCAUUGAUCUGCGUGAGGGGAACACAAUAAUGACGGUCACAAACAUUCGACAGCCGUAUCCGGAUCAUCCACACAGAUUUGAUGCUUGGACUGAAGCCUUGUGUAGAGAGCCUGUGACGGGCCGCUGUUACUGGGAGGUGGAGUGGGCCGGCACUGGGAGAAAAGGUGUAGAUAUAGGAGUGAUGUACAGGAGCAUGAAGAGAAAGGGAGAUGGAAAUGACAGCGCCGCUGGACGUAAUGAAAAAUCCUGGAGUUUGUUCUGCUCUCCUGAAUAUUGCUCAUUCUGGCACAAUAACCGUGAGACCGUCCUGCCUGUGAGCUCCGUUUCCAGUAAAAUAGGAGUGUUGGUGGAUCCCAGCGCAGGGGUUUUGUGUUUCUACAGCGUCUCAGACACAUUAAGCCUCAUUCACAGAGUCCAGACCACAUUCACUCAGCCGCUCUAUGCUGUGUUUGGAUUAGACCGACAGACUGUGCUGAAACUGCCCAACCAGAUCAAUGAUGCUGAUAUUAUACAGCUUGCUAUGUUAUAUCACACUCUGAUGAUGUCAUGAGAAUUUUCUUGUAAUCGGAAAUCACCACUGAAUGAUUGUCAACAAAGACUCUAUAAUACAGAAGACGACUCGUAUAGUUUUGAAUGGGUAAAGUAUAAUGGUCAAUAUGGCGAAUGAAGCCCCGCCUUCUGGCACAGGAGCCAAUCACUGAUCAAUAUGGAGUGACAAUUCUGCAGGGGAGGGACUUAGUCCAAACAAGUGUUUUUACAGCAGUUUCUACAGCUUCAUCAUGAACCCUCUUGGGAACCUCAGCAGAUACUUGCUUCACACACAUGAGAAAUACAGGGGUUGGACAAUAAAACUGAAACACUAGCGAGAUGAGGCAUUCAAGGCUAACUUUAAGCAGAUUGGUGGCCAUUCUUUAAUGAUUGCACAUUCCAUCAGUUAGAGCAGAUUGUGUAGGUUCCUUCAUGGUCUUUCCCACAUCCAGGAGAGUUAUGGUGUGGAGAAGCCCCAAAGAAGUGUCCCACCAGACUGCUACAUCCCCAGAGUGAAGAGUAAGAGUUUGUGCUGCAAUAUCAUGGCAUUCCCUAGGCCCAAUAGUUGCUAGAUGAGAGCGUCACUGCCAAGGUCUAUCAAACCAUUCUGGAGGACCAUGUGCACCCAAUGGGUCAAACAUUGUAUCCUGAAGGUGGAGGUGUGUAUCAGGAUGAUAAUGCUCUAAUAAACACAGCAAGACUGCUGAC